AUGGCGAGUACUAGUAGUGAAAAAGAAUACAAUUUGUCAUCGGAUAGUGAUGGCACUGAUACAUGUUCUUCAUCAUCAUUUCAACAGAGUAAAUAUAGCAAAACAUUUCCGUGCAGAGCUUCCCAUUGGAGAUUAGAACAUCUCUUGGAACUGUCCGUUUUCUAUGAUGAAAAGGCCACUGAUCUUGGAAAAUUCAUGUCCGAUCUGAAAACUCUCAAAUCUGUUGCACGUGGGGGCCUAUCAGAAGUGCCAAGUAUCAGUCACACCAUUAUGCAGUACACAAAGGAGUUAUGGAAUUUUUCGUACGAUUAUUACAAGGAAACAGGUGAAGGGACGUGGGAAGCUAGAGAUCAGAUAGAAAGAGCAACAGAGGCCUUUGAAGAGAAAGAAAAUGAUAUGGAGGAGCAGAUGAAAUCGUUUGGAGGCAAUUGGAAAAGAUUAUUUUUUGGAUGGAAGAUCAAUCUCUUUGAGUUUUGGAGACACUUUUCCAUGCUUCUUCAGAGACUGGGUCAAGCAACACCAACAGAGGGAAGAUUUAAACAUCUUUUCAUGGCUUUCUCAAGAAUAUUUUUUCUUUCGCCAGAACCAGGGCAGGCUUUUAUUGAACACAUGGUCAUCAAGGAUGUUGUUGUGCGUGGUACACCAGCUGUUCGGUUCAAUACUUUUCAAGACAAGUAUUUAAAGGUGUUCAUCGUCACUGAGGUUAAAAUGUAUGAUGCCUUAAAAGGAAACUUUAACUCUGAGACUUUCACAUUUAGAAAUGUUGGGGAGGAAGUUCUAGGUCAGCAUGGAAUUGAACUCCUGAUGGAGAGAAAGGGCUCCUUUUUCUUCACCUAUGUUGUCGGGAUUCUUUGUAUUGGAACACUA